AUGCUUUUCAUGGCACACCCUGUGGGGAGCCGGAGUCUGGGGCCCUGGGGCCUCCACAGCGCCCCCCAAGAUCUGUACAUGGUCCUCUUAGUAGUGCUGGUCAUGAUGAGCUCAGCGUUUGGUAAGCUUGUUCUUGUCAAUCAGCAACCCCCUCAACCACUUCCGUUCCCCAAAUACCUGCGCUGCUAUCGAUGCCUCUUGGAGACCAAGGAGUUGGGGUGUCUUCUGGGAUCUGACAUCUGCCUCACCCCAGCUGGUAGCAGCUGCAUCACUCUCCACAUAAAGAAUAGCAGCGGUUCUGACAUCAUGGUGAGUGAUUGCCGCAGCAAGGAGCAGAUGAGCGAUUGUUCAUAUACCCGUACUUCUCCGGUGCUUGGCUUCUGGAUAUUCUCUCAGUGCUGCUUCCGGGAUUCCUGCAAUGACCCUCAAAACAGAGUGUACUAUAUUCCCUAGGACUGUAGAGAUCCUUGGAGUAAAAUUCCACCAGUUUCCUGCCACUUUCCUGACUUCUGCCUGGGCUCAGCCAGGACAACUUCCAGUCCUCAUACCAGCCUUCCCUGCCUCCCUCAAGUCACUGGACCCCAGCCCUGAUUCUCUUCCU